AUGAAUAUAGUUUUAAGCGCUGAAAGCGAGGCAAGGAAUGCUACCCAGUCUGGCGUGACUUCAAAGCUACUAGCGGAGGGGAAAUAUGCCCAAGCUUUGAGGGACGCUCUUUUGCGGAAUGACUCGCAUCAAAUUUUAUCUAUUUUAAGCCAAAUUCCGUACAAAAAGCCAAAGGCAUUGGAAGGACUGUCGCUUCCGGAGACUUUUAAGCUUAUAACGAUUUUUAAAGAUGUCGUGGAAGAGGGCGCGAAUGCCCCCUUUUUUGCAGUCAGCUUAUUUUGGCUCUAUGAGACGCUUGUUAGAUUUGAAUGCUUCGUUGGGUCCAUUUCGCCCUGCCGUUCACCAUCAAGCUCAGCUAAUAACAUUAUGUCGAUUGCAAAUAAUGAUGAAAGCAUCAAGACAAUCCGAACGGAAGCUAAAAGGAUCCUUCAGGAGUUAUCCAGAGACAGCGGCUUUGAGGAUGGCCUGAUUGUGGCUCUGUUUGAAUCCUUUUCCAUUUAUUACCAAAGAAACGUGCUAUCCAACAUUCCAUCAAUCGUUGGCGGCUCCACUCAACAAGAAGAUUCAGCCCUAUCAGAGCGUAAAUUAAGACUAACCAACCGUUUAAUCCUGUCCUUGCAAGUAGAGCUAGAUAAGCUUCUAAAUGACGAUUACUAG